CUGUAUUCAGUAAAUCACUCACUAGUCAGCCAUUCAAACACAAAUGAGUGACCGAGGAAAAAAAUAAAGAGCUCACGUACAGUCAUAACCUGGCACGCUGCCUUUUAUUCACUGUCCAGCUACAGCUGCGUCUUUUGCUGUGAUCUAGCACGCUGAAUUUAAUAGGGUACGAGUGGUGUGGGGUUUUUUUGUUUGUUUGUUUUAAAAAAAACAAAACAAAAAAACCCACACUAAACAAAGAAGGUUAGGGACACACUGCUGCUGCGCUUACUCUGGAGUGUAUAUGCUGCUGCUGACGGACGGCUCCAUGAGAGCGCGGGGGAUACGAGUGCAAGGCCAUGACGAGAUGGCAAUGAAGCUUUUGUUCUGGGAGCUGGAGCAGCAUCUCAAAAGUUCAUCUGGAGCCAGCGUUGUGGCCAUAGACAACAAGAUAGAGCAAGCGAUGGACCUGGUGAAGAGUCACCUGAUGUACGCCGUGCGUGAGGAGGUGGAGGUGCUGAAGGAGCAGAUCAAGGAGCUGAUCGAGCGCAACUCCCAGCUAGAGCAGGAGAACACGCUGUUGAAGACGCUGGCGAGCCCCGAACAGAUGGCCCAGUUCCAGGCCCAGGUUCAGACCGGCUCGCCACCUACCCCUCAAACGGCCGCCACGCCGGGACCCGCAAGCGCCACCACCCUCUCCCAGUCUGCCACACACAGCUCCGGCCCCUCGGCGUAGCCUGGCCCAAGUGGAGAACUUGACUUUUUUUUGUUUGUUUGUUUGUUUGUGUUGUUUGAGCUCUGGCACAGCCGCCGAGCCAAACUUUGCCUUCCACAGCAGGAGGCUACGCCGUUAAGAUGAGAAUUUGCACAUUUUAUCUCAGAAGGAUGCAGACAGAGGGACGAGCGGGGGCUGCGCUCGGAGGCGCGGAGGGAGGGCGACAAUCUUGAGAUGCUGUACAUGAAGUUGUUUUGAACAUUUGCCAAAAAAAGUCCCCCUCUUUUCAUCAACUAGAAUGUCUUACAGAGGAACAGCUCAUCAGUGGAAACAAUGCUUAGAUUUAAAUAGAAAGAAAAAAAAAAUCACUGUGCCUGAGUGAUGUCGACUACACCAGUGGGUGGAGCAGCAGGAUUGAUAGUUUCCUGUUUUGCAGAAUGAUGUAAAUAAAAGAAGUUUCCAGGUUGACGGACUCAAGAGGAAGACGCCUUCUCCAAAUGAAGAAUGUGAGCAAUCAUCACAGACUCCCCCAUCUGGUAUGGGGGAGUUUGGGGUGGGAGGUUCUUUACAGCAGCAUUGAUGAUGAUGGUAUGAUCUUUUAGCUGUGGGUUGAUGGGAUUAACAAACCCUGGUUUCUUAUGGAGAUGAUGAUAUUCUAUUUUCAGUAUUUCAACCUCCUUGUUUUUGCCCUCGAAGCUCCUCAUUGCAGUUUUCUCAGCCCUGCAGUGGCAUGUAAUUUAAACCUUAUCAGACAGGGUUGAGACUUCUUUUGGGCUAAGCUGCAUUUUUUCCCCCUUUUCUUUGUUUUCCUAAAAGAUUCGAGAGGGCAGAGGAUGAUGUAUAUUUCUGUAUAGUGUAAGUAUCAUGUAAAAUAGAGAGGAGGUGGUGGUGAAGAUAAACAACAGAUGCUAUCUAGGUCACACAGAUUGAUGCAGAUGAGUUUUGCCCAGCCUGUGUCAUCUAUUUUUAAUGCUGUAUUUUCAGGACUGUGGAUGGACGAGGAGUUUAGGAUAUUUAACUGACAACAAGCAGCCCGACUGUGUUGUCCAUAACCCUUACUGCAACAUUAACUCUUGACUGUAAAACCAUUUCCACUUGGUUCUCUUUUUCUUUCUGGAGUAUUGCACUCUUUUUUUUUUUUUUUUUUUUUUUUUUGACAGUGAAAUACUUUUGGAUGAACAAUAUCUUAAAGUUCAAUUUAAAAAAAAAAAAAGAAGAAAGGAAAUACAAACUCUAGAGAUGUUCUUUUUCAUUCUCUGUAUCAGUUGUAUGCUCAUGUUCUGUGCAUGUUUCCGCAAUGACCGGAUGAGAUAUUGUAACAUACAUACCACAAUUGCACUUGACAGCUGCACUUCACAACUUUCAAUAAACAUGGUUAAGGAAGAAA